CUUAGACUGGAGUGGAAACCCAGCCUGUCAGGAUUAAACACACGGAGGCCUAACAUGCGCCAGGAGGUUUGAAUCGACACGGUCUACACCUGAGAGUCACACCUACCUGUCGGACUACGACGACACCGGCAUGUUCCCAAGCUCACCGCCGGCCAGACACCCAAUAACUCAGACUCUGUCCAUGAACAGCCAGUACAUGCCGCCUGCGUAUGACUUAACCGGCGGGUACCAUCACGCCCCGGGAGUCGGUGACCCGUCGACGACUGCCUGGAACUCCAUCUACGCUCCCCGGGAGGAGUAUCCCUACUGCUUCCCGGGGUCAAGCCCCAGCAGUGCCGGGCAGGUGAGUUUCACCUCCCUGGACCUGAGUGGGCCCCCCACGGCGGCUGGAGGGGGGCCAUUCACCCCGUACAACUUCAUCUCUGGACAGGAGACGUUCACCUGCAGGAGGAGGGCACCCGAACCUAUCAGACCGUCUGUCUCAGGUGGGAAGACUCGCACAAAGGACAAGUACAGAGUGGUGUACACUGAUCACCAACGUCUGGAGCUGGAAAAGGAGUUUCAGUACAACCGCUACAUCACCAUGAGGAGGAAGACUGAGCUUUCAAUGGUACUGGGCCUUUCUGAGAGACAGGUGAAGAUCUGGUUUCAGAACAGACGUGCCAAAGAGAGGAAAAUCAACAGGAAGAAGCUGCAGCAUUCCCAGCAGGCCUCCACAACUACACCCACCCCGCCUGCACUCGGUGGACCCACUGACGCCCACAUCACCACCAGCCCCAGCAGUAACAUUCUGUCUGAUGCAAUAUCAGAGGAGUUUUAGGUGGAUUUCACAUGAAGACUGUUUUUGUGUGUUUUAGUAAGUUUACCACAGAAUGAAAAGAAGAUGAUUCACAUCAGCACGGCGUCAUUAUGCUGCACCUUGUGUCUUUCGCAGCAGCAAGUGCAACUUAUCUUUUGUAGCGAUCAGCUCGACUUCACGUUUGUUCACCACAGAACUUCAACUUCAACAAAAGUGUUGGUAAAGCGGAGUUUCAGAAGUUCCUUUUUUAAUGGAAAGGGAUGUUAAUGGUUAACACACUAACCAAGGCAUAUUUGCAAUAUGAAGACCAAUAUGAAGAGGAAUCACAUAAAUGUUUUUGUUCAAACCAUAAAAGGGGUAAGCAGUUUAAGAGUACAAAUCACAACUGCAGAUUCUACCAAUUUAAUCAAAAAUAACCCCUUGUGUUUGGGAAGUAAACCCUAUGGAGAGACAGUUAAUCCCAAUGCUCAACAACAACAAUGUUCUUUCUGUCGCAAUAUAAGGGAUUGUUUUGAGAAAAGAAGGCAGCUAUUUACACUGUAAUGAAAGUGAUGAAUUCACAGAUGUUUUAAAUAAAUAAUAAUAAAAACCAUAGGAAGUCAAAGCACUAUGAAGCGGAUUGCAGUAUGCAAAAACACAGGUGACACCUGUGGUUGAAAAGGUGAGAAAUUAAACAUAAAAUAAUACAUUUGGCAAAAGCAUGUUUUUGCUUUAAUU